CAGGUCCCGCUAGAGCGACAUGAUGGUGGAAUCCGCCUCAGAGACAAUCAGGUCAGCUCCGUCCAGUCAGAAUGGCGUGGGCAGCCUCUCCGGGCAGGCCGAUGGCGGCAGCGGCGGCGGCGGGGCCGGAGCCGCAAGCACAGCGGGAGGCGGCUCUGGUAGGGACGUGGCCGCUGGCGCAGAUAGCAACGGCGAGAUGAGCCCUGCGGAACUGCUGCACUUCCAGCAGCAACAGGCUCUCCAGGUGGCCCGGCAGUUCCUGCUGCAGCAGGCCUCAGGCCUGAGCUCCCCAGGGAACAAUGACAGCAAACAGUCAGCCUCCGCCUUGCAGGUACCAGUAUCAGUGGCCAUGAUGUCGCCGCAGAUGCUCACCCCCCAGCAGAUGCAGCAGAUCCUGUCGCCCCCACAGCUGCAGGCCUUGCUCCAGCAGCAACAGGCUCUCAUGAUCCAGCAGGAAUAUUAUAAGAAGCAGCAAGAACAGCUCCACUUACAACUCCUCACUCAACAGCAGGCUGGGAAACAGCAACCCAAAGAGGCACUGGGGAACAAGCAGCUGGCCUUCCAGCAACAGCUCCUGCAAAUGCAACAGUUGCAGCAGCAACACCUGCUCAACCUGCAGAGGCAGGGGCUGGUCAGCCUACAGCCCAACCAGGCCUCAGGGCCCCUCCAGAGCCUCCCACAAGCAGCCGUGUGCCCCACGGACCUGCCCCAGCUAUGGAAGGGUGAGGGUGCCCCUGGGCAGCCUGCCGAGGAGAGCGUCAAGCAGGAGGGGCUGGACCUCACUGGCACAGCCGCCACCGCUACCUCGUUCACCGCCCCUCCUAAGGUCUCCCCGCCCCUCUCCCACCACACCUUGCCCAAUGGACAGCCCACUGUGCUCACACCUCGGAGAGACAGCUCCUCCCAUGAGGAGACCCCCAGCUCCCACCCUCUCUACGGACACGGAGAGUGCAAGUGGCCAGGCUGUGAGACGCUGUGUGAAGACCUGGGCCAGUUUAUCAAACACCUCAACACGGAGCAUGCCCUGGACGACCGGAGCACAGCCCAGUGUCGGGUACAGAUGCAGGUGGUGCAGCAGCUGGAGAUUCAGCUCGCCAAGGAGAGUGAAAGGCUGCAGGCCAUGAUGGCCCAUCUACAUAUGCGGCCCUCCGAGCCCAAGCCCUUCAGCCAGCCACUGAAUCCGGUCCCUGGCUCCUCCUCAUUCUCCAAGGUGACUGUCUCCGCAGCAGAUUCCUUCCCAGAUGGCCUCGUGCACCCCCCUACCUCGGCCGCCGCCCCUGUCACCCCCUUGAGGCCCCCUGGCCUUGGCUCUGCCUCCCUGCACAGCGGGGGCCCCACCCGACGGAGGAGCAGCAGUGACAAGUUCUGCUCCCCCAUCUCCUCAGAGCUGGCCCAGAAUCAUGAGUUCUACAAGAACGCCGAUGUCAGGCCCCCCUUCACCUACGCCUCCCUCAUCCGCCAGGCCAUCCUGGAAACCCCUGAUAGGCAGCUGACCCUGAAUGAGAUUUAUAACUGGUUUACCAGGAUGUUCGCCUAUUUCCGGAGAAACACUGCCACCUGGAAGAACGCCGUGCGUCACAACCUCAGCCUGCACAAGUGUUUCGUCCGUGUGGAGAAUGUCAAGGGUGCUGUGUGGACCGUGGACGAGCGGGAGUAUCAGAAGCGGAGACCGCCAAAGAUGACCGGGAGCCCUACCCUGGUGAAGAACAUGAUCUCGGGCCUCAGUUAUGGAGCACUUAAUGCCAGCUACCAGGCCGCCCUGGCCGAGAGCAGCUUCCCCCUCCUCAACAGCCCUGGCAUGCUGAACCCCGGCUCCACCAGCAGCCUCCUGCCCCUCAGCCACGAAGACGUGGGUGCCCCCGUGGAGCUGCUACCCAGCAAUGGCAGCAGCAGCCCCCCUCGCCUCUCCCCGCCCCAGUACAGCCACCAGGUGCAGGUGAAAGAGGAGCCGGCAGAGGCAGAGGAAGAUGGGCGGCCCAGGCCACCCCUGGGUCCCCCCAACCCCAGCACCGUGGGGCCUCCGGAAGACAGGGACCUGGAGGAGGAGCUGCCCACAGAAGAACUGUCCUAAGGGCCUCUUGGGGCAGGCAGGGCAGGGGUGAGACCCUCCCUCCCAGAACCCAGGCUCCACCUACCCCUACUCCACAGCCCCUCCCAAACCUCAAGGCACUUCCAGGACUCAGAAGUGGGGAGGCAGUCCUAGGCCAGCAACUCCCAAUGUGACCUGCCUGACAGACGCUCUGGGCAGGGAUGGCCCUGCCCCCAGGAGACACAGAACCCCUGGUCUGGGACUGGUGGAGGACACGGAGGGCCAGGACCCCUCCUCAGACCCUCCCCCACAUCUGGAUAUCCCCCCACCACCAGCAGCAGCAGGACCCUCCUCCCCCCACCAGCUCUCCCCUACAAGGCCCCUCAUCACCAUGGAGACCCGCAGGCGGGGCUAAGUCACCCCUCCCAGACCCAGGGCCUCCCAUCCUGCACCUGGCUCUGGCAGUGUUUUCUGGCCAGAGGCCCCCACUUCCCUAAUUUGUGCUCCCCUCUGCCUUCUUUUCUGUACUGUGAAGAAAUCACUCCCAACUCCUACCCCUGCCUUGGCCCGGAUGGGGGAACUGAAGUUUCAGACCAUCACCAGAAGAAACCGGCCCCCUUGGCUGUGACCACCCAAAAGCCAUGGUUGGGGUGGAGAUAAAUUGUGUGCCCUGUGUGGUCCAUGGGAGCAGUGCUGCCUGGCUCCAACCCCAACCCUGGCCUGAGGGAGGGACCCAGGCUGAACCAAACCUGUACCCCUGUUUUCUGGGUACUCUCCAGCUGACCCCUACACCAGGGAGCUCAAGCAGAGGCCUGGUGCCCAUCUCCCCAAGAAGACUGUGCCCAAAAAGGGCUUCUGGAGGUGGGGAGACUGAAGCAGCCAAGCUACCCUGAGGCCAGAGUCAGGGCCGGGGUGAUGCCAGGGCAGCAUGAAGCUCCCGGCCUGGACAGUGUCCACA